AUGCGAUCCAAAGAUUCUUGUUCAAUUGCAUCCGACUCCCAACCUCAUCGGUCCAACGGGGUCACGUCCGCAUCAUCCGUACCGAAAAAGUCGUUCUCGUGCGAAUCCCCGUCACUAUCAACACCAUCCCGCAAUCGUCGUAAGGCUCCCUCGCUCGCUCGCUCUCACUCUCUGACUGAAGACCAGCAACGAGUCACCAUGAAGUUUUCCAAGUUUGUCGUUUUGGCGGUUGCCGCUCCCGUUGCUGCCGCUUUCGUGACGCCUCAAGGAACCUCGCCUCAAUUUCCUCUCGCCUUUGGCAUUCACCGAUCCGCUCCGUUGUCGAUGGCCGGUUUGGACGAUACCAGCUUCGACUCGCUGCAAUCCAAACUCUUGGGGAAACCUGUGAUUCGGGAGAUUGAAAAAGCCGUCGAAGUCAAGGUUCCCAAACCACCGGCUCCCAAGCCCGAACUCAAAAAACCCGCACCCAAACCGGAAAACAAAAAGCCCGCCGUCAAGCCGGAGUCUACCAAACCGGUUCUGCCGACUCCCGUCCUGCCCUUGCCCAAACCCCCGGCCCUUCCCAAAGUAGCCACCGCCGGUGGUACUCGUUCGGCGGCACCCGAUUCCGGCAUCGUUGCCAAGGGUGUGGCCCUCGGUGCCGCUCCUCUCCUCUUGCCCUUGUUGGCCUUGGGAGCGGGAAGGGAUGUGUUGACCAAAACCGCUGCCCGGCGGGAUACGAUUCAGAAGGAAAUUGCGGCUCGGGAAGAAGCCGAACGCAAGCGCAAGUUGCAAGCCCAAGCCGAUGGUGGUGGCAUCGCGGCCGCAACGACAUUCUUUGGUGCCGCCGCAGUAGCCGUGGGCCUGAUCGUGGCCAAUCCUUUGGGUGAUUUCGUGCCAUCGGCGCCGAGUAGUGGCACCCCGGCCGCCAAGGUCCAACCGGCUCAGGCCGUCAAGUCGGCUAGCGCAACCAAGGCCGACGAGGCCAAAGCCGCCCGUCUUGCUGCUGAUAAGGAACGCUAUGCUGCCAAACGCGCCGCCAUUGAAGCCAAACAGGCCGUGCCUAAAAUCGCUCCACCCCGGGCCAUGAAGGCUACUACUGGUGGUGACGCUGCGGCCUCGCGCUCCUCUUACGACGAGUUGACGGCCAAGGCGGCCUCGGCCAAGUUGGAAGCCAAAAAGGCUGAAGAGCAGGUGCGUCAAGACAAGGCCGACAAGGCGGCCGCUAUCAAGGACGAAAGGAAGGCGGCGGAAGAAGCUAAAAAGGCGGCCGACAAGGAGGCGGCUGAUCUACGAUUGGCUGCCAAGGCUGAGGCCAAGGCGAAGGAAGCCAAGGAAGCGGCACAAAAGACGGAAACAUCAGCGGCCAAGAAGAACGAUGGUGAAGGUGCCAAGAAGGCUGCGGAGGAAGCCAAGAAGGCAGAAGAUGCCGCCAAGGCUGCCGAGAAAAAGGCCAAGGAUGACGCCAAGCUGGAGGCACUGGCAGCGGAGAAGAAGAUGGAAGCCGAAGCCGCCUCCAAGAAGGCAGCCGAGCAAGUCAAGGCGGACGAAGCCAAGGCAAAGGCUGCUGCCGAAGCCGCCCGCACGGCCGAAACGGAGAAAAUUGCUGCCACUCCGGCCGCUACUACUGCAACUCAGGUCAAGGCAACGGUUGAAGACGCUAACGGUUUAGGUGCCGCCCCUACAACUGCUUCAGGAGGCCGAGUGCUACCGAAGGAAGAGGUCAGUGAUGAUGUCAAGGCCUUCCUCAAGACUUUGCAGAAGUAGUCAUUCCUUUCGCACGUGAACGAUUUUAUGGGAAGGUUUUAGAUACAGCAAAAAUAAACGAUCGCUAUUUUGAAGUAUUUUUGGAGUGUUUUUU